ACCGCGUCCUGCGCCAGGGAGCUUGAAAAAUAUAGUGUGAUCGCGGGACUCGGGGGGUCGCGAGGGGGUGGGGUAAGGAAUGAGGCUGGUUGGGUGAUUUCCUGCGGUUCUCCUCACACAGCGAGCGAACCUUUGGCCCUGGCGCGCUCCUCCUGGCCAGAGGACUGACUUCAUCCCCAACCAGCCCUUCGGCCGAACCAGACACGCCACUGGAGACCCCCGACGGGCCCCAUGUUUCACCUGGGGAUCCGGCCUCCUGAGGUGGGAGGGCUUGAAUGAGGCCUUUUGCUGCGGACGCUAAGUGUGACCUUCGAACCCUGGUUGGAGUAAUGCCACGCAUGUGUCUUCUAGUCGUCUGGCUACGUGAUCAGGUCUCUGGAGGUGGCCGUGGUCACUGCAGGGCCACCACGGGAUUGGCUUGCUUGUCUCAUCUUCCCCUUGCCUAGUCUGAUUUUCUCAGCUCUCCCAAAGCCAUGUCCAGGCCCUCCCUCAUCACCUUCACCCCAGCCACCGACCCCAGCGAUCUCUGGAAAGAUGGGCGGCAGCAGUCUCAGUCAGAAGAGCAGGAGCCCAUCAUAGAUGGGGCUGCAGCCCGGGCUUUCUAUGAGGCUUUGAUUAGGGAUGAGAGCAGUGCCCCUGAACCCCAGAGAUCACAGGCUGAGCCUGCCAAUGAGAGAAAGCGGAAGAAGAGAAGAAGGAUGAGGGAGGCUGCAGCAGGAACAUCAGGAGGGCAUGGACAAAGAUCCCUUGAGGUUGAGGACAAGAUGACUCAGUGGAUACUGAGGGCAGCCCAGGAGGGGAACCUGGCAGAACUGAGAAGGCUCUUGGAUCCCUAUGAGGCAGGAGGAGCUGGGGGGAAUAUCAAUGCUCGGGAUGCCUUCUGGUGGACCCCCCUGAUGUGUGCGGCCCGAGCAGGCCAGGAGGCGGCUGUGCGUUAUCUCCUAGGCCGAGGGGCUGCCUGGGUUGGGGUCUGCGAGUUGGGUGGCAGGGAUGCUGCUCAGCUGGCCGAAGAAGCGGGCUUCCCUGAGGUGGCCCGCAUCGUCAGAGAGAGCCACGGAGAGAUGAGGAGUUCUGGAGAGACGAGGAGCCCAGAGAGCGGGUCCCAAUCCCCCUCCCUGCAGUACUGUGAGACCUGUGAUGCCCACUUCCAAGACUCUAACCAUCGCACAUCUACUGCUCACCUGCUGUCACUGUCCUGGGGUCUCCGGACCCCCAGCCUGCCUCUUGGGGUUCCCACCUCCAGCCCAGGCUUCAAGCUACUGCUGAGGGGGGGUUGGGAGCCUGGAAUGGGGCUGGGACCCUGGGGCAAGGGCCGUGUCAACCCCAUCCCCACAGUCCUCAAGAGGGACCAGGAAGGAUUAGGAUACAGAUCAACGCCCCAACCCCGAGUCACACACUUUGGGGCUAAGGAUACCCGGGCAGUGGCUGGGAGGGAGAGAGCCCCUCAGGUGACUACAUUGAGCCGGAGGGAGGAGAAAAGGCAGGAGGAGAAGGACAGGGCCUGGGAGCGGGAUCUGAGGACAUACAUGAACCUUGAGUUCUGACCUUGGCAAGGUCUGACCCUGCUCUGCUGCUGAAGUCUGAACUUGAGCCUCUAACCUGCCCAGGUCCCAGACCCUCAGGUU